AUAUCCCCCCUGGAUCUGCUAGUUCGUUUUUAUUUACAUAGUGUUUGAUACGUUUAUCAAUCUAGUGUGAGAAUUGCUCCAACCUAAAAUCUUUUAUUAAUGUAUAUAGAAUGACAUUCUGUAAAGGUAGGAAAUAUUUGAAAGAGAUUCGAAAAAUUGUUUGAAACCUACAAUAAAACACAAACAUAUUGCGAUAUGUUCACUCAGGAGACAUUGUUACUGAACGAAGUACAGAAAAUACGCGUAGUUAUUUUAAUGUUAUUUCAACGUUUAUUUAUGAAUAUUUCGUGACAUUUAUUUACGGCACGUAACCUUAAAGCUGCAGAUUUACUGUUUAGGCAUUUUUUUUUUUAAAUUGACUUGGAAUGAGCCAAUUUUUGCAUAAAUAUCUGCAAACUAGUGAUAUAAAACUGCUGAUAUUCCAAAUAAAAAAAUAAUAAAAGUUGUCAAAACAGUAAAUCUGUGAGAGUGCAGCUUUAAUAAAGCAGGAAGUAGUCCAAUCAUUGAAUAGGAACGUUGAUGUAUUUCAGUGUAAAUACUGUAUUCAUAUACCAUAUCCAUAUACACUGAACACUAUGAACACGCGUGACAAAUACCUUAUCAAUGGUAUAAUAACUGCAUUCAUCUUGUGGUGGAUAUGGGCAAAGCUAUGUUCAUAAACUGUCUAUAUCUAUUUUUAUCAUAUAAACAAUACAUGUAUUUGCAUUGAACUAUGUGUUCUGUAAAACCAUUUUGAGCUGUAUCGAAAGCCUGUCAUGACAAUAUAGCAGAAAUACCAAGUGGCACUCAUAGAUGUCCGACAAAGUACUCAAUUGCCUGCUUCGUCGGCCCCAGGCCAAGUGGAAACUGUUUUGCUUCCCCUGGGCAGGGGGAGGGGCUGUGUUCUACGCCAACUGGGGAAGAAACAUGUCAGAGGACGUCGAAGUGCACGGUGUAUGUUUGGCCGGUCGGGAGAGCAGAUACAAUGAGCCGGUGAGCUCGGACGUCGGCCACGUUAUACAAGAGCUUGUUUCCGCCGUGAAGGGGGAACUAAAUGGAAAACCUUUUGCAUUCUGGGGUCAUAGUAUGGGCGCUUAUCUAGCUUUUCUGACAGCAAACCAUAUGAAGAAAGAGCUCGGAGCCGAGCCAAAUCAUUUGUUUGUGUCAGGGACAUCCGGUCCGUUUUCCGAAAGUCGACGACAUCGCACUGAGGAUGUGACUAAUUACAGUGAAGACGAAUUCAUUCAGUUUCUCAGAAGAAUAGGUGGAACUCCGUCAGAAAUUCUAGAUAACAAGGAGUACAUCUCAAUUUUCCUACCUGCUUUGAAAGCUGAUUUUGAACUGCUUUAUAAUAUCAGCGCGGAGAACAGCGACCCUAUGCCUGUACUAAGCUCGUCCAUCCAUGUGUUUGAUGGAAGUGACGAUGCUCCUCAUGAUUUGCAAGCAUGGCGAUCUGUGUCAAGUGGAGAGUUUGACCUGACCAUUUUGAAGGGUGGACAUUUCUAUUUGAAGGAUACGGAGUGCUCAAUAAAGCUUCAACAAUGUAUAUUACAGAAGUUGUCAUUAACAUCAUAAAAACUGUGUUAUGCAUCGAAAUUUAACCAAGCAUAUGUAUUUAUUCAUCUCAUUUGGUAAACGGGAACUAAAUCGUCUGUACCCAUGUUAUUUAUUUUACAAUAAAUUAUAAGAGUUGACUCUUAAUUAAGAUGGUA